AUGCAUGCGACUAGUAUACUUCUACAGUAAUCGAUGCACCGCAGUUAUGAGGCAUCGAUGGGUCUCGUUCAAUGGAGCGAAAUCUCUGAACUAACCACGCCGCUUGCGCUGGCAUAGCUAACUGCUCGGGCCGUACUACUCGAGCUUUAUGCCUGGCGUGGCCACUGCACUACACACAUAGCUUAAUACGCAGCUGUUGAACACGUGGACGAGACGACACUAGAAUUAAAAAGCACAAGCAUGAAGUCACCAGCAGUAAAGAACGGGAUCGACCACGCUGAGGAAGCUGAAACACAGGAACUAUCAUAUGAUGAACUUGUUACGCGAAUUUCUCCCAUAGCCAAUCCUCUAGCUUCAAGGAAACUAACGAAAAAGUUGUACAAAGUCAUCAAAAAAGCUAGUAAAGAAAAGAUGGUCCGACGUGGUGUAAAAGAAGUUCAAAAGUUUCUUCGCAAAGGAGAAAAAGGGUUUGUGGUGUUUGCUGGAGAUGUAACGCCCAUUGAAGUCAUGUGCCAUCUGCCUGGUGUAUGCGAAGACCUUGAUCUGCCCUAUGCCUACGUUCCUUCAAAAUCUGACUUGGGAGCUUCAAGCGGGGCAAAGAGGGCGACAUGCUGCAUUCUGGUGAAGAAGCAUGCAGACUACGAAGAUAGCUACAAGGAAUGUCUCACUCUAGUAAAGGCCCUACCUCCUCCGAUUUAAGAAGACAUUCUCAGAUAUCAGAAGACUUUUUGGUUUCUUUGUACUGCUAUACAAAGGAUUCAUGGACUCAUUUCAGGCAAACGUCAGUGAAAAAGGUUUUUUUGGAGAAUGACAUUGAUGCGAAGUUUAAUCUUUCAAAUAUCAAGGAAGAUAAUGAUUUCAUUUUUGUGGCAUGUUCUUAAAUCUUUUAAAGAGGCAGCAGUUAGAAUUACUAGAAUUACAGUGACCAAAUAUCUUGGACUUGACUUGUAACUAUUUCCUUGAGACAAGGAAGUUACCUUAUACCUGUAUAUGGAAACUAUCUUUUAGUAGAGCCUUUUAACCAAUAUCUUAGACUGUUAUAUUAUUAUCUCUAAAGUUUGAUAUAUCGCUGUUCCUUGUAAUGAGGUUUCACUGUUCCAAAUUGUCUUGCUGCGAAAAAUAUUGUCCCAUCUUUCUUUAUUUUUAAAAAUAUUUUUUUAUAGUUAUCUCACAUGUCCCACAAUUAAGAAAUUUGGUAGAUCAUGACUUUCUUACCUAACCAGUACGUCCUAAACCUGGGCCAAGUUGAGUACACAAGAUCUAAAAUCUCUCUUUAUUGCUGUAUUGAAAGUCUAAUUGGUGCUCUGUCAUAACUCAAAGAUUGCAUUUGCUAGUGGAAUAGGUAGAUAUUUUACGUACUCCAAUAUUGUCUGGUAAAAAAGUUUUUAAAUCGUAUCAAUUGUUUUUUUCAUUUGAUUCACCAGAGCUAGACAAAGUCUCAGUGAAGCAUAUUAUGGUCUAGUAUUAAAUCUAUAAGUCUCUACUAUGUACAUGUACAUAUGACAGCUUAAUUUUUUUCUUUCUAAAUGAUGUAUAAUAUCAACAGAAACAUUGUGUAUUAUAAUUCUUUUAAAUUCUUUGUUCAUUAAAAGGUGUAAAAUAUGUAAAUAUAAACCAAAA